AUGCGUUGGAAUCCGUUCGCUGCAUCGCCUCCCCCACCAGAAAAUGCGUCGCUGCUUGGCCGCGUACAGGAGCUGGCGAGUCGUGAGCUGGUAACAACGCGAGCGUUGCUCACGGACUUCCAGGAGUUUAUCCAGCAGGGCAACAUGCUCAACAUGGCGGUGGGUCUCAUUCUGGGGUCGUCCUUCUCCGCUAUUCUCAACUCUUUGGUCGUGGACAUUUUGUCGCCGAUCAUCAGCCUAUUUACAGAGCGAGGCAUAGCGAACCACUACUGGCCCGUGCGAUGCCCGUCAACGACCACCGUGUGCUCCGGAGAAACAUGGCAGACGUGGAAGGAAGCUCGAGAUGCCGGUGCUGUGACCAUCAACUACGGGCUGUUCAUCGAAAACAUCAUGAACUUUGUUAUCAACGCUCUCUUCUUGUUUAUUGCCGUCAAGAAAGCAUUGGAGUUCGUGUUCAAGCUCAAAGUGGGCGUCAAGAAGCAGUGCCCUUAUUGCAAGGAGUUUGUGAAAGGGGCAGCCACAAGAUGCAAGGACUGUGGCUCGGAUAUCAGUAGCCAGCCGCGCACUGGAGGGUAA